AUGCCUUGCUCGUUAGGCGUUGGAGGCUUGGCUAACCUCCAAUUCUCACUCGCGCGAGCAAUUGGAUGCCCAAUUCGUUGGUCCUCGUCGGGUUCCCGCUGGAAGCAACGUCAAGGCCGCGAUGCAUACGCCAGGAAUGCCAAAGUCCAAGGCCUCAAGAGUCGAGCAGCGUUCAAACUUUUAGAGAUGGAUGCCAAGUACAGGCUGUUCAAGAACAAUGGGCAGACUGUUGUUGACCUGGGAUAUGCCCCCGGAAGUUGGUCACAGGUCGCCGUGGAUAGGACGAGACCUCAUGGCCGAGUCAUUGGCAUCGAUCUCAUCCCAGCCCAGCCGCCGCAAGGUGUUGCCACCUUCCAAGGCGACUUCCUCUCUCCGAACGUCCAAGGAAUGGUCAAGAACUUCAUCCUCGAUACUCAUAAACGCCCUCCGCCACUGCAGCACGAGGCCGAGACCAGUGACUCUGACGAGGUUGAAGUGUCGGAAAUUGACCGUCCUAGCUACAUCGACAUGGAACGACACGCAAGCUCUGAAUCUGGAUCACCAGAAGCCUCAGAUGACAUGUCAGCACCCUGGGACCAAACUUCCGGCUUCUACGUGAACAGCUUGAGUAAUCCCUAUAAUAGGUUGAUGAACACGAGCGGCAACGCCUUUCGAGAUCACGCCGGCAGCAUGGAUCUGUGUGCCGCCGCCCUACAGUUUGCUAGCGACACCCUGAAGUCUGGCGGGCACUUUGUCUGCAAGUUUUACCAGGGACCCGAGGACAAAGAAUUCGAGAAGAAACUGAAGACUCUGUUUGUCAAGGUCUUUCGAGAGAAGCCAGAGUCUUCAAGGAAGGUACGUGCAAUUCAUGAAGGUUACAACAGCCACAAUGGUACGAUCAAGGCGGCAGCAAUCCGCGAGAAUUUCAUUGAUGAAUUUUGUGAUACCUAG